UCUCAAUUCUGAGCCUGUGCUCUUUUCACAAACGACCCCGUCUUUGCUUUGCACAUUUACAUUAAACAUAGCGCUUGAAAAAAAAUAACUGGCCUUUUAUAAGUGGAUUUCACGCUGAAACAAUUCUUAACUUACUCAAAUGACUUAACUUAGAGUGUAUAUGUGCCGAAACCGGCAUGACCUUUUUAUAUUUAGACAAGGACCUGACUUUGGACACCGUUUUUCGUUGUGGUUUUCCUGGACAUCAGUUUUCUGUACUGUAAAUACUGGGAAUAGCUUUGUUUUCUUACACCCUGAGCGGGUUUUAAAGGGAAGUGUGAGCAGCUCAAGGUUGGAGUUACUGCUUACUGAUGUAAGGACUGCGUCAACAUCCGCAAAUCUUUUCUUUGUGUGCAUCCUUUUCUCAGGAUCUCAACAGAGGCUCUUUUCAUGUUCUUUAUUGGAGAUAACGUGAAUGGGCGUUCGCUAUAUUGAGGAUUGGUGUUUUUUGUUUUUGUUUUUUUCAAUAAGAGAGGAUGGCACUUUCUGAAGUAAAAAUGUGUCUUGGUGUAGUUUUAUUUGGACUUUUGUUGGUCACGUUUCCAUCUGCCAAAGCUCAAGAAGAUGUGGAGGAGGAGAGAUCUUGUCAAGGCGCCUUCGACUUGUAUUUUGUUCUUGACAAGUCAGGAAGUGUCAAACACCAUUGGCAGGAGAUCUACUCUUUUGUUGAACAUUUGGCUCACAAAUUCAUCAGCCCUAUGCUGCGAAUGUCCUUCAUUGUUUUCUCAACCAGAGGAAACACAAUCAUGAGGCUCACUGAAAACAGGGAGAACAUAAAGAAAGGCCUUAACAUUCUAAAACGAGAGAUCCCAGGUGGAGAUACCUUUAUGCACCUUGGUCUAGAGAAGGCAAAUGAACAAAUACACCAGGAAAACUUAGGCUUAGGAACAGCAAGUGUCAUAAUUGCAUUGACAGAUGGCGAGCUACAAGAACAUCAGUUGAUAGCAGCUCAACAGGAGGCAGCCAAAGCUAGAAGAUUGGGUGCAAUCGUGUAUUGUGUUGGAGUUAAGGACUUCAAUGAAACACAGCUGGCUACCAUAGCAGACACCAGUAAGCAUGUGUUUCCUGUCUUGGGAGGAUUCCAGGCACUAAGAGGAAUGAUUGACUCGAUCAUCAAAAAAUCUUGUAUAGAGAUCCUGGCAGCAGAACCGUCCAGCGUAUGUGCAGGAGAGUCAUUUCAAGUGGUGGUGAGAGGAAAUGGUUUUCGGCAUGCCAGAAACAUAGACCAGGUCCUGUGCAGCUUCAAAAUCAAUGACACAGUUACGCUCAAUGAGAAGCCUGCAAGUGUUGAAGACACUUUCUUGCUGUGCCCUGCGCCUGUUAUAGAUGAAGUUGGAAAGGUGGUGUACCUGCAAGUCAGCAUGAAUGAGGGGCUAUCAUUUAUCACCAGCUCUGUGCACAUAACCACAACAGAGUGUUUUGAUGGCACAAUUCUCCUGAUCACCCUGCUGGUGUUGUUUCUGUUACUGGCUAUGUUGUUUAUGUGGUGGUUCUGGCCGCUUUGCUGCACUGUAGUGAUUAAAGAACCUCCACCUCCUCCACCUCCAGAGCCAGAGUCAGAUGAUGAAGACGGAAUGCCAAAAAAGAAAUGGCCCACUGUAGAUGCGUCAUAUUAUGGUGGUCGAGGAGUUGGAGGGAUCAAACGAAUGGAGGUUCGUUGGGGAGGAAAGGGUUCUACUGAGGAAGGGGCCAAGCUGGAAAAACCCAAGAACGCUGUGAUAAAGAUGCCGGAGCAGGAGUUUGAACCCUUUGAACCCAAGCCCAGAAAAUCAGAUGGCAGGAGGCCAGUUCAAAACAGGAAGUGGUAUUCUCCCAUAAGGGGUAAACUUGAUGCAAUCUUGUCUCUUUUCCGCCGUGGAUAUGACCAAGUUUCACUCAUGAGACCUCAACCAGGAGAUCAAGGUCGAUGUAUCAACUUUACACGAGUGAAAGAAGAAGCGGCAAAAGCCCCACCACGAGCUCAAAGCCCACCUCCACCCCCGCCAGACUAUCGCCCGGCUCCCAGCCCAAACACGCCCGCUCCAAACAGCCCACCUCCGAGGGGACCACCCCUGGCACAGUCUCCACCGGGUCCACCACCUGCCCGAACCCCCCCAGGACCAUCCUGCCCCCCUCCAGCGCGCCCCCCACCCAGCCUUGACAGCAGACCAUGAGAGAAAGACCCCCCCUUCUCCCUCCAGUGCAAUUCAUUAAUACAGCAAAAAAGAAAUGCUCCUCUUGCCAAAGGAUAACAAAAAAUGCACAUGGUAUUUAUCACUUAGGUCAGAUUAGAAUGUGGUGUGUAUUUUGUUGCUGGACAGCAAAAAAAUUGUAAGAAGAGCAAAAUAAAUGACAAAAAAUUCAACUACUGAGUUUUCCAGAAGCAGAUGAGUAAAAAUUAAGAGAGCUACCAUUUUUAGCUUUAGAAUGACUGAAGUAUUCCUUUUUAUUGAGGCUGGACAGCUCAUGCAGACUUUAAAGGAUAGAUUAGCUCACUGCAUUUGAACUCAUAAAAUUUUUGGAGGUUGUGUCAAAAUGAACCUGUACACAGUGUUUUAAAGAUGUCCCUAUAUAUAUAUAUAUAUAUAUAUAUAUAUAUAUAUAUAUAUAUAUAUAUAUAUAUAUAUAUCACAUAUGCCAUAGAUGCCAACAUUUCCAAAAUAAUCAGUAUUAGAUGUUAUGUUAUGUUGUACAGCAUCCUGUGCCAUGUACCUUAAGAUUUUGUUUUGUUUAGUUUUGUUUUGUGUUUUGAUUUGUUUCAUUUCGUUUCAUUUUGUUUUACAGUUGUUGGGUUACAAGCUCUCAGGUGAGUCUCUGACCCUGUUUCAAAAGGCAGAGACAAUGUGACCAAAGAGGAACAUCAGUGCAUGUCAAAAUGUAAGAUGAAUGCAAGUAAUGAAUGUGCAAAGGCGUGGUUUUGACCAUUUCCUUUAGUAUCACAGUUCUUUCAGUGUCUUGGUACGUCAUAAGUUCCUUCAUAUAGGUACAACAGUUUGUCUCAAAUGACAUGGUUGCUGGAAUUUUGACAGAUUCUAGAAGGUGCAUAAAUGGGGUCUAAGAAUGGUCUAGAUUUAAUUAUGAAUGUUUAGUUGGAUAAAUCUCACGAAAACAUGUCCAGGUCACAUUUUACCCCAAAGAAAAAUAUAUAUAUAUUUUGCAUAGAGAAAAUGAAGCCUGUUUUAGGACCUGUUUUCAUGACAAAAAAGCUAAUUUCCACUCAAAAAAAUUAAAGCACAACAAAUACUAACAUGGUGUAUAAAUAUGUCAAAAUAUAAAUAACAUAAUUUUUUCUCAUUACCGUAAUGAGAUGUUUUUUUUUUUUUAUUAUUAUUUUUUUUUUUAAUUACAGUAAUGUGCUUAAUUGUCAUGAAAAUAAUGCUACUAUUCAAAAAACAGGCUUUUAUUAUUUUCUUUAAACAAAAUAAUAUUUCUUAUUUUUGUCUUUUUCUUUUGGUGUGAAAUAUUACCUAGACAUGUUCAUGGUGGGUUUUGUGAGAUUCACCCAUCUGUUAAUGUUUUUUCUUGGUUGGUUUGUUAUAAAGGUUGAACCUCUCAGUGUAUGAAAAGUCAGAUCGAUUCUAGUCAUGUUUUUUCUGUAUUCCACAACUGUACUGUAUGUUGAAAUCUUGUUUUUUUUUUUUUUUUUUUUUGCAUUUCAUCAUCAAACAUAUUGCAACUGCAGGGCAGUUCACAGCAUUUAAUUUAUUAUCCCCAAUGCCUAAAAAAAGGUACAUGAAUACGACAAGGUGUCCUCUGUUAAAGGCAGGAUACUGUGCAUGAAACCAAAAAAUAUAAAAUGAAAAAAAUCACUUAGAUAUCAACCAGCACCUUCUGUGUUUGUGUUUCUUUUCUUUUUUUAUUAUUACCUUUCUUUUAUACUACAUUCAAGACCCAGUAACACUGUUUAUACUUUUGUUAAUUAAAAGAUUGGUGUAUGCAUUUUAUUUUCCCAUUCUUGUCAUUUAGACAUUAUAAAGUGACAUGAAAUAAGUGCUCAGCUGUGAACGUGCAAAAACAUUCACCUCAACCCCCAUGAAUUAUCAAAAGUAGUAUAAUGUGGACAUUUCUCAUACAUUCAAAGCUAUUGAUGGCAACAACUGCAAUAUGAUGCUAUAGGUUAUGUCUGUACUUUUAUUUUGGUUUGUUUUGUUUACUUGUGGUAAUAAUUUGAAACAUUUUGAUUUGUACUAUUCCACAGGAAAAAAAACACAAGUUGAUUACAGAAUUAUAAAUCACAAUUAUAUUGUGUUAUGAUGUAAUAAAUGUAUUAAUAACAAUACUGAAGCAUCUAUUGAAAGGCUCAUAAAAGUUUACUUUUUUCCACAGUAUUAAUAAAGGUUGACUUUCAAGCUUUUA